AUGGCUGAGGCACCUGGACCGAAACACAUCAAAACUCGGAUUCUCAUCAUUUCCGACACGCAUGGCACUAAACCCAAGCCCAAAAACGAAGACGGGCCCAGUACCGAUGAUGAACUCGAUAAGGAAGAUGUUGCGCAUACGGUUACAGGUUGGAGAGAUCCCUUACCAGAAGUCGAUGUUGUCAUUCACUGCGGUGAUCUCACAAAACGCACCACGAUCCCUGAGUUCGAGGCAACCUUUUCCGUUUUGCGAUCUAUUAAGGCACCCCUCAAGUUAGCUAUUGCAGGCAACCACGACACCGCACUCGAUCAUGACUACUGGAUCAAUCAGUUCGGUGGAUCGAAGGAGACUCUCGAUAACGUCGAGACUAUUAUUCGGAACGCUGGGAAAGAUGGCGUUAAGUAUUUGACAGAGGGUGUUCACCAGUUUACCCUGGCGAAUGGUGCCCUGCUUAAGGUGUACGCAAGUCCCUGGACUCCUGCAUUCGGCGGUUGGGCUUUCCAGUACAAAAACGGUCACGACUUCAAUAUCCCUCCAGGGAUGGAUGUGGUUUUAACUCAUGGUCCUCCUCAGGGUAUCCGCGACUUUGCAGGCAGGACGGGAACCCACGCUGGGUGUCCAGAUCUCCUCGCAGCCGUCGCCCACGCCAAGCCCAAGAUCCACUGCUUUGGGCAUAUUCAUGAAGCGUGGGGAAUGCACUAUGUGACCUGGGAUGGAGAUACAAUCAACGAAGAUCAAUCACGGCAGCUUGGGCUUAAAGGGCUACGUCCGGGAAAGGUGACACAAGACUGUGACACGGCAAAGAUAACUAGGGCGAAGCUCAUCGCAAUGAGCAAACAAAGAGCGGCACAUCUUGACUUGACCCAGGGGGAUAGUUGUAUAGUUCCCGGCGAGCAGACGUUGUUUGUGAAUGCGGCUAUCAUGGACAUCAGGUACAAACCGAUACAGCUGCCAUGGCUUAUUGAUGUUAACUUAGCCCCUUAG